AUGGCCCACGUCUUCGGCCUUGGGCAGUUGCUGACUGCAGGGGCCAUGCGCCCAUCCCUGGAGCAUGUCCAGCAGCUUGAUGCGACAGAGGGAGUGCUCCCGCUCGAAUCGGGGCAGUCCCGAAGACGGGCAGUCGUCCAGGCCGCCGAUGCCAUGCAGGCAGCCGUUGGUGAGGCAACUUCCGUUGCGACUGCUGAGAAGGCUACCUUCAAGCUUCAAGUACUGAGCUUCGAGGACGAGGAACCGACUUUGCCCCUUCAGCCGCCCAAGGCUGCAGACCAGGUCCGCUACCCUCCUUGCAACGGACUCCCACACUCUGGCAGCCACGUCUUGCAUGCGAUGCCCAACUUCAGAACCAGCUGCAUCUGGCAUGGCGAAGGGCUGAAGGUGACCCUGAAGGAACCGCUGAUCUUCGAAGGCAGCUUGGUCCUCGCGGGUGAGCUGCAAAUCGAGGGCGUGGGGGAGAUGGAUGGACCUUGCAUCACGGUUUUGGGGAACAUGUCGGUGAUUGCUGCGCGAGCCAGCUUCGUCGGCUGCAUCAACAAGAAGAACUCCGGCCAGAAGGUGGGAAACGGAGGAGCCCUACACGUCCAGGAGAACUUCAUCACUGACAGCGACCUGACGUUCGAGAGCUGCUAUGCACGAUUCCAAGGCGGGGGCCUGUACACCAAGAGCUUCAUCCAAAGGAGCAGGAUCUCCUUGGAGCGCUACGCAUUGAACUUGAGCGGCAGCACUCGUGCCUGGGACCGGCCAAACAGCUCCGUGCAAUUUCGGAACUGUAGCUCACAGGACGGUGGAGGCCUCUUCGCCGAGCACUUCGUGCAAGAGGCGAAAGCAUCGGUCGAGAACUGCCACUCCGUCCUCGGCGGUGGCGGCGCACACGUGGAAGAUCGCUUCAGCCAGGGGCCGAACUGCACUGCGCGUUUCCGGGGCUGUCGGGCAGCGACAUCUGCUUGGGGAGGAGGCAGUGGCGGCUGCUUGUUGACAACAAGUUUCAUCCAAGAGUCGCACAGCUCGCUGCUCUUCGAGAACUGCACAGCUGAUUUAGGUGGUUGCAUGGCCCUUGGCAAGUUUGGCCGUGUACCAGCAGACGCAGAGAUCCGCUUCAGCCAGGGUGCCGGCAGCUCUGCCCGCUUCCAGAGCUGCACGGCGAAGAAAGGCGGUGGGCUUUACGGCUUGGACGACGCCAGCUUCACCCAAGAGGCGCAUAGCACGGUGCUUUUCGAGAACUGUGAGGCUACGGAAGAUGGUGGCGGCGCAUACCUGCAGCACUUCAUGCAGGGUCCCAAGAGCUCCGCCGAAUUUCGGAGCUGCGUCGCGGGCCGAGGAGGCGGUGGGCUGCACAUCAAGACCAACGGCAGCUUCUCCCAGUCGCGGAGCAAGGCACUCUUCGAGAAGUGCGAGGCGAAUGCCACAGGCGGCGGCGUGUUGACCACGAACUUCAUCCAAAGAAAUGCGAGCGCCGCGAUUUUCGAGAACUGCACGGCUUCUAAGGGUGGUGGCGGUGUGCAUGUGCGGGGCAGCGUCAGCCAGGUUUUCCACAGCUCCGCAACCUUCCGAGGCUGCGUCGUGCGCGAAGGCAGUGGCGGGGGCCUGCUCGCAGAGGACUUCACCCAAGAGUCGAGCUUGGUGCUUUUCGACAGCUGCGAGGCUACGUUUGACGGUGGUGGAGCCCACGUGCAACGCUUCAGACAGGGUCCCAACAGCUCCGCAGCUUUCCGGAGCUGCAGAGUUGGGGAGAAGGGUGGCGGCCUUGCUGUCCGUCAGUACCUCCAGGGAGCUGGAAGUUCGGCUGCCUUCGAGAACUGCACCACCGGUCUGGGGCAUGGUGGUGGCCUUCACACCUCCAAUCUCGACGGAAAUGGCUCGCUGCACUUCAAGAUGUGUCGAGCACGAGUAGGUGGUGGCUUACAUGUCCCGCAAGACGGCAAGGUUCUCCACGGCGGUUCCCUCACCUUUGAGGCAUGCAGCGCAGGCAACACUGGCGGCGGGCUUUUCUUGAAAGCCGGGCAAGGACACUUUGGGAAGCUGUCGUUUGAGCGCUGCGAUGCUGCUGUGCUUGCGGCGGCUUUUGCUGCCAUUCCAGACAACGGCACGGAAGCGGACGUGCGGAUCCAGGAGUUGACGCUGUCGAAUGGUGGGGCGCGGAGCGUGAGAGACUUCGAUGUUGCAGGCGCUCUGACGCUCGAGUCCACCAACCUGAGCCAACACCCCGACUCGUUGUUCGGUGCCUACAUUUCCGCAGAGAAUCUCGUCCUCGAGGACGAGGUUGACUGCACACGAACGACAACCUGCACGUUCUCCGCGAGUUCUGCGAGAAGUGCUGGCUUCCGCUGCCCUUUGGGCACCGGAGUCGUGGACUUCAAGACCUGGGCCGACUUUGGCUGCCAGGCAUGCAAGCCAGGGGACACACAGGUUCUGAAUUGGACGACCAGGUCUUGCAGCCCUUGUCCAGAUGGGGCUCGCAAGUGCUUGGCUGGCGCACUGAAGAUGGAGCCUGGGCUCAUGGUGGAACUGGAAAACGUAAGCCGCAGCCUCCAUUGUCCGAACGAGGCAUCUUGCACUGGAGGCGAGCUUUCCAACGGAGGCGCCAAAGUUGCCAUGUGCAAAGACGGCUACGGGGGCCAGGGCUGCGCCCACUGCAGCGACGGGUACGCCAUGGCGGACAGCAGUGUGCUUGCGUGCACGGCCUGUGGAGAAGGUCUUGGCCAGCAGGUGCUGCAGUGGCUCGUGUUCCUGUCGCAGCGCUCGGUCCUCUUUGGACUUGCGGCCAUGAGCGCCCUUGGAGCGAAGAAAGCUGGCGACCUGAAGCACAGCAGCAUCUACUUGAACCAGCUGAUGGCUUUUGCCACCAUCUCCAACACGAUCUUGGCUGCGGUUUUGCAGACCCAGACGGCGAAAGACAUCAAAGACGAAGCAGUGGAGCUCCUCUUUGCGGCCACUGCCACGGCCACCCAGACGGCUUCCGGACAAGGCUCCCUGCCCAGCGCCUCCUCUCAGUGCCUCCUGUCCUACAUUGGAUGCGAGAAGACCCUGUGGGGUUCGCAUCUGCUGGACGUCGUUGUCGCAGCCGUGCUCAUUGCUCUACUGUCAUUGGUGAAGGAUUUCCGUGCCGCGCUGAUCGCAGGCUUGAAUUGCUUCAUGCCCACCAUCGCUGCCGACUUCGGCAAGUAUUUGGUGUGUUACCGCCUGCAGCCGGACGACGUUUCUGAGCUCGGGGGCCUUCGCUGCCCUUUCCUUCCAGGAGCUUUCCCCGGCCUUCCCGCAGUGAUGCAGGUGGUCGGGGGCCUCAUCGUGUUCAUGGCCGCUGCUCUUUGCACGUGGCUCAGCCUCUCCCGAUCAAGCGAGGAUCCACUGCCCAGCCACGUGGUCUUCCUGACCAGCAAGUACCGUCCGGAGUUUGCCCUCUUUGAGACGGAGCGCUUGAUCAGGCUCGCAAACGAGCUUCAUUGGGGGCAUUCCGUGCGCACUCAGCAAAUGAUCAUCAUCACAACUGCGGUGAUCGCAGCGCUGGCGAGUCUCUGGAUCGCCGGGCGUGCCGUUCGCCCCGCCCGGGAGGACGUCCAGCAACUCUUGGAAACGGAGGUAGCACCUGCGGAUGUCCCCCCGGUUGGAGAGGCUUCGAUGUCCCGGGACCCCGAGCCUGGGAUGCGCGAGGCAGCUCCUCUCGAGGCAGGUGCUGUUUUCCUGGAAGGAGAAUCAGCCGACUAUCCUCACUGCGAGGGACUUCCGCGCAACGGCAGCCACGUCAUUGAGACGGCGCUAGUCCUCAGCAGCAGCUGCACUUGGCACGGGCAUCCCGGGCUGCAGGUGACUCUCAAGGAGCCGCUGACCUUUCAAGGCAACUUGGUCUUGAUGGGUGAGAUACAGAUCAUGGGGAAGCAGGAGUUGGACGGGCCUUGCAUCAAUGUGGGUGGGAACAUGACGGUAAUUGCCGCGAAAGCCAGCUUCGUUGGCUGCAGAAACAAGAUGCAGGCAGGAUUUGGUGGAGCCCUGUUCAUCGAGAAAGAAUUUAUCACCAGAAACAGCGACGUCGAGUUCGAGAGCUGCAGUGCAAACAAAGGAGGCGGCCUCUACGCCAAAGGCUACCAGCAGGAAGCCGGGAGUUCGGUGCUCUUCGAGCGCUGCUCGGGAACUGGGAGCAGCACCUUGGCAGUCCAGGACGUAGAUAAGCGUUCUUAA